UUUGGCUGGAAAACUGCCAAACCUGUCAACAAUGCCUAGUCUGACACAGGCAGCCGGCUGAGAGAUCAGCUGACGGAGGGAGGGGACGGGACCUGCAGAGCUCAGAGCUGAUCUCCCUGGAAGAAGCACUGCUAAAUGAAGCCUCAGGUUUAGCCAACAUGUGCAGCAUCUCCAGGACUACAGAAAUGCAGGGAGGGACCGACAAAGAGAAGCAGCCUCUGUGUGUGUGUGUUCGAGACUUCAAGAUCUGUCCUGCGUGAGACUUCUGGGAGGCAGCAGGGACACUGUGAGUGUGAGCGUCACAAGGUGUGUGUCGCACCAUGCCGCAUACUCCGACUGGGCCAGGGCCGCAGGAUGGAGAGCUACAGCGAGGUUAGUGCACUUCCUCUAUGCCGGACAAGUUUUGAUCUCGAAACCAUAAACAAAGCGAAGGGCAACGAGGGGGACAGCUGAGUGAAGAUAUGUGGGUUAACAAUUGUGCUCCCUGCAUUUUGAAAGUAGAGAGCAGGGGGAAAGGAAGAGAGACACAAUCAGAAGAAAGACAACCAGAGAAAGUCCAGGAGAGGUGUCCAAGCGAUGUCAUGGACCCACAAAGAGAAGGGAGGAAGAUUAAACAAGAGGACUCUGUAGAGGAAACAGAGGGACUGGAGAAAGGAGACCCUCAGGGGUUGGAGGGAGAGAGGGGGGAAAUACAUGGGAUGGAAGUAGAAAGAGAUCGUCUCCGCAAGGAGAUUAGCAGGGAGCUGAAGAUAAAGGAAGGUGCUGAGAAACUUCGAAGAGCCACCACAGAGCGUAAGAACCUGGGACAUGUGGAAACCAUGUUAUGGACAUGUGAGAGGAGACUGGAAAGCCUAAAACAGGAACUGGAUGGUUUAGAGUCCACUCCUACUUCUCCGGUCUCUACUGGAGCCUGCCCCAUCUCUCCAGGUCUGCGGGGUGAUAGGCAGAGCUCUAAGAUAUCGGGACUGGAGCGUCAGUUGGACAUUGAAUUGAGAAUGAGAAAAGGAGCAGAGAACAUGUUGCAGAUGUACAGCCAAGGAGGAGCCAAGGAUAAGAAAUUACAUUCGGCUGCCCAUCAGAUGUUAUCUGAGAGCGAUAUAAAAAUCCGCUUCCUACGUGCACAGAUCUACAAAGAAAGUCAGGACACCUCUGGAGCAGGGGAUGGUGCCCCUGAGGUGUUACACAAUGAACUGCGCAUUGAAGAAGUGAGGCAUCACUACCGCGUGGAGCGAGCCGUGGCUGAGGGGGCUGAGAAUGCGCUAAGAAUGCUGGGAGCUGCAAGAACUCAGGACAAGAGUGCAAUCAAUGAGGUCCAAGCUCGUAUACUGGAGUCUCAGCAGAGGACAGACCUGUUGGCGCUCUCCCUCCAGAGGUGCCUUGAUGAAUUACCCCAUGAUCACCCUAAGAGAUGUAUCUUGCGAGAGGAGCUGACUCUUCACAGCUCUGCCUCCAGACUCGGUGCACCUUCUCCCCUAACUCCCUACAGCAGUGUCUCCAAGCCUGCCCCUCUCACAGGUGUCUUAGAGGUUUGUAUUGUGGACUGCAGUAAAAUCCUGGACACGGUCCCUGGAAGAACACGAGCCUCCCCUUCCCGGUUACCAAACAACGUGAGCCCUUUAGAGGGCCUGGCCAUGAGAACUCGAACUGGGCGGAGCAUUUACUCACGCACAGCCAGUCUGAGUCGCAGUGAAGAACCGUCAGAUGAGAUCAGCGUUGUGCUGAGACUGGAUAACACUGUGGUUGGACAGACGGCCUGGAAGUCUGAGGGACGAGACACAUGGGAUCAGAUAUUCAAACUGAAGCUGGAAAGGGCUCGAGAGCUGCAGCUGUCCGUGUACAGGAGAGACUUCCGCUCACUCUGUGCUAUUAAAUACCUGAAGUUAGAAGAUUUUCUGGAUCAUCAAAAGCAUGAGACAUACCUGGAACUGGAACCUCAGGGGACCUUGUUGUGUGAGGUGGCCUUCUAUAACCCAGUGAUUGAAAGAUUCUCCAACCUGCGCAGACAGAAAAAGAUCUUCUCCAAGGAGCAAGGAAGGGCAUUUCUUCGUGCACGACAGAUGAAUAUUGACCCAUUAACAUGGCUCCGCCUUCUGCGCAGAGGAGUCAAUACCAGCAGUGGAGCCGACAGCCCUGCAGAUCGAGGAGCAGAGUUGCAGCUGGAAUCCCUUGCCCUGGAGAUAAAAGAAGAUGUUAAGGAAAAUAAGAAAGAGCAGGUUCCUGUUGCAGAGGAGAAGCAAGUCCCAGUAAUAAGAAGAGAAAGCCAAAGGAGAACGCAGAAUGUCUCUCAGCUGUCUUUAGACAAUUUCCGGCUGUUAGCGGUGCUGGGAAGGGGUCAUUUUGGGAAGGUCCUGCUGUCUGAGUACAAGGAGACUGGGGAAUUGUUUGCUGUCAAAGCCUUGAAGAAAGGGGACAUCAUCGCUAGGGAUGAAGUGGAGAGUCUUCUUUGUGAGAAGCGCGUCUUUGUUGCAGUAAGUGAUGCCUCACACCCGUUCCUGCUUAGCCUCCUGGGAUGUUUCCAGACUGCGGAGCAUGUCUGCUUUGUCAUGGACUAUAUGGCAGGGGGAGAUCUCAUGACACAUAUCCACAGCGAGGUGUUCAGCCAAUCACGUGCCAUGUUCUACGCUGCUUGUGUCCUCUUGGGCUUACAGUUUCUGCACAGCAGGAACAUUGUGUACAGGGAUCUGAAGCUGGAUAAUCUACUGCUGGAUUCAGAAGGAUAUGUGAAACUGGCUGAUUAUGGACUCUGCAAAGAGGGUAUGGGCCCAUCUGAUCGCACGUCAACAUUCUGCGGCACACCGGAGUUCCUUGCCCCUGAGGUCCUCACGGAUGCCUCUUACACUCGAGCCGUAGACUGGUGGGGAUUUGGGGUCCUGAUCUAUGAGAUGAUGGUUGGAGAGUCUCCAUUCCCAGGUGACGAGGAGGAGGAAGUGUUUGACAGCAUUGUGAAUGAUGAAGUUCGUUACCCACGUUUCCUAACUGCUGAAGCUAUUGCCAUCAUGAGACGGCUCCUGCGCAGGAAUCCUGAAAGACGGCUAGGCGCAGGAGAGAGAGAUGCUGAAGAUGUGAAAAAGCAACCGUUUUUCAAGGACAUGGAUUUUGAAGCCCUCCUCUCCCGUCGAUUACUGCCUCCUUUUACCCCAUGCGUGAAGGGACCACAUGACAUCAGUAACUUUGACCCUGAAUUUACAUGUGAGGGACCAGAACUGACUCCUCCACGGGAGCCUCGUCUUCUGAAGCCUGAGGAGCAAGAAUCUUUCCAUGGAUUUGACUAUGUGAGGGAGGGUGCAUAAAGGAGUAAAGCUGAUGAAUGAAUGCAGUUCUUUGUGUUCUUCCUUUCCCCUCUUCUCAUGUUCUCCGUAUCAUUCUCUAGCUCAAGCUGGAGGUCUGUGGGCCAGAUCUUCCCCUCCAAUAGAUUUAUGUGGCCUUGUCCAAAGCUUCAACUUUCUUCUCUGUACAACAUAAUUUUAUUUUAAUCCAACCCACAAAUAUUAGGUCUAGUGGAUAAUCGGCCAGUACCUGAAAAGAGUUGGAUGUGCAUUCUUCUUCCCUUCAUUAACUCUUCCCUGCCCUUCUGUGCCUCCUGCCCCCUCAGUGAAAGCCGUGUAAAUAAAUUUUUUUGUAACGUU